CACAGCGUCACUUGUGAAACAAACAAGGGGGGCAGGAGAGGGAAGAAAAAAAAGACGCACUCCAUCAGUAGGAGAAGAUGUCCGAACCCAAUAAGUACCGAGAGUGGAUCCUGGAAACAAUCGACUCUCUCCGCUCGAGGAAAGCUCGUCCGGAUUUGGAGAGGAUCUGUCGAAUGGUCCGGAGACGACACGGGUCAGACCCGGACCGAACCAGGACAGAACUGGAAAAACUGAUCCAAGAGCAGACGGUGCUCAAAGUUAGCUACAAGGGCUCCAUAUCGUACCGGAACGCGGCGAAGGUGCAGAGGAAAAGCCGAAAGAAGAGUGAGUUUACGGCCGCUGGCAGCAGCAGCGGCGGCGGCGGCGGCGCGGAGGCAGCGAGGGAGCGGACCAAACACGAUCCUGGGAACAACAACGGCGACAGUGCGCACAGCUUCACCGACCAGGAGGAGGGAGAGGAGGACUCUGAGCCCAGCCCAGAUCCCCGCACUCAAACAUCAGCCAGCCCCACCGGCAAGAAGCUCAAGCCUGCCUCCAGCCCGAGUAGCGGAAACGGUUGUGGCGCAACAACGGGCUGCGCUGUCGGGAGCGGCUGUAAAGAGGAGAAAGCAAGUGCACCGAGAGACAAGGGAUUAGCGGGGGAAAGCCCGUCGCCCGGUUUCGGCCACGGAACAGGCGCACACAACGGAGGGGAUGCCGGCAGGACAGCGGCGAGCGGAGGCGACGCAGUUGGCGCGGGGAAGGAGCCCGGUGUGUCCGGAGCUGACAGCCAGAGCAAAACUUGCUCCGGGAGCGUCAACAGCCUCCAGCAGCACCACAGACAGAAGCAGACUGUGCCGCUCAAGCCCAAACUUAAGCUUGCGGGAGGGGGCACCAAAACCGCGGGGAACCACGCCAACUCCGACCUGGGCGACAGAUUGGUGGCUUCUGUUCGCAGCCUGUCCGAGAGGAGCCUCCGAGGGGGCUCCGCAGCCGCCGCCGCCGCCGCCGCGACCAGAGGCCACAUGAAGCCGCUCGGGCUGAAGGAGAUCCUGGGUUAUCUGAGCAGCCAGGAGCGGCUGUCUGAGGAGAAGCUGACCCGAGGCAAAGUCAAAGUGGUCAUGGAGAGAGAGGUGGCGAGGGGCCGGCUGCGCAGGACCCGCUGCGGGAACAUCACUCUCCCUCUGAGGGGGAUGGUGGUGGAGGAGCCGAAGAAUGCGUCCGCUGACAGACUUGCGAGGAGCGCACUGCAGGACAAACACACAGUGAAAAAGCCGCCUUCGCCGUCUUCUCUCCGGGAGAAUGAGCCGAAGGAAGCAGCCGGUGGAAAAGAGGAGCGGCGAGAGAACGAGGAAGAGAUGGAAGAGGAGGAGGUGGAGGAUGAUCCCCGGAGUUCUGAUGAGGAGGGAGGACCAUCCCCGGUAGCUAUGACAACCGAACCAGGGCUCAUUGAGAAAACCACAGAAGAUGCUGAGAUCCAGGCAGCAUCAAAGCUGGAGAGGAGCCCUCAGCAGCAGCAGGGUGGCAAAGGGGUGACUGGCCUCGACUUCCUCCCCAAAACGCCUCCACCUGUCCAGGGAGCCUCACAGUGUAACGGCCUGGAGGACCAAGCUGCUGCCCCUGAUCAGCUCCAUGUGGAGGCAGAAGUGAGUAAUCGGACGCAGCCUGACGGGACAAACCAUACCUCCCCAGGCUUUAACAGCUUGGAGUGUAAGACAGAGGUCGGUGUGUCGUCAUGUCUGCUGACACCCACUGCCUCCCCGAGAGACUCCGUCCUGUCUGAAGAACGAGGGAUUAGUGUUAGCGGCGGAGGGCUCAUAAAGUCCGAGGGGGCCAGUGGGAGCCCGGUGGACUGGACAGUGUCCGAUGUGGUCAGUUAUUUCACAGCGGCCGGUUUCCCUGAGCAGGCUGCUGCCUUCAGGACCCAGGAAAUCGACGGAAAGUCUCUCCUCCUCAUGCAGCGUAACGAUGUUCUGACCGGCCUGUCCAUCAGGCUCGGCCCCGCCCUCAAGAUCUACGAGCGUCACGUAAAGGUUCUGCAGAAAACACACUUUGAGGAUGACGACUGCUAACAGCGCACAAAGCACACGCAGACUGUUAUGUUUGUACCUACAUAUAGCUCAAGUAAUAUAAAAAUGCAUGCAUGAUAUACAAUACAAUACACUUAACUUUCCAUCCCAUGUCAAACAGCACACACACACACACACACACACACACACACCUCUGUUUUACUUCCUCUACAACUGGUCUGGUCCCAUAAGCGACACAGAAGUGAGACUGGACUUUCUACCAAACAGAGCACAAAUGUUGGAGGUAGAAAGCAGAAUCAUAAAAGAGACGUCUUAGGAUGCAGAUAUUCAAAACAAUCAUGCAAUUUCUUCUUCUUUUUUUUUUUUUUAACAACAAUUAAGCACUUUGCAAUUAUAUCGAUUAAACUGUGCAAGAUGGUUUGUGUCUAAACUGCUACUCCGUGCUGACGUUUAUGCACAUUUUUAAAGAAGCAGUGGCUGUUCUGUGUAGAGGGAGGGUGAACUGUGGUUGGGUUUUUUUAUUUUGCCGGUUUUUUUAUGGGGCUGUGAUCUGAAAGCUUCUUGUUUGUGGGUACGUGUUUUUCCACUUAGAUCAUGUUGGACAGAACAACAGCAGUUUAGAAGCUGAGCAGAUGAAAUACAUUCCCAGAGGCUGGAGUGGAUGGUUUGAGAUGGUGAACCAAAUUAUUCGUCCUAUGUGUCCAAAAAAAAAAAAUAAAUCUGGUGCACGGUUUCGCAAAUGAUUGUCGAUCAAAGCAAUAAACUGAUCAUUUCUCCCGGGAUGUUUGAGGGGUCGUUGGGCCUUGUCAGCUCGUAGAUUGUCGGGUGGUCGAUUCUGUGUAGCCUAAUGUGAAAAUCCAUGACGUUAACUUUGUUUUUGAACAGAUCUGUUCAUAAUCUGCUGUGGCCUAUGCAUCACCACAUCAGGGGCUGGUUUCACAACGAUACACUUUGGCCGAUAGGUUAGAAGAAAAUAAUGAUUGAACACCUAAAUUCAUCUGUCGUAUGAUGAUGUCUAGCUGUUGGAAGCUGAUUUGAUAUGAUUUAUGGGUAAAUUGAGAGUUUUUUCCCAAACAUAACAAUAAACUGUCUGAUUGACCAGCUGUAUCAACCGCUCAGCUGUUUAGCAGCCUUCUUGUAGAAUUUAGCGAAGAAAGCUUAAGAAGUGAACAACAAUAUAAUAACCUCGACUAGCACAGACUCACGGUGCUGAUUUUAAAGUCCUUCCCCAGUCACUCAUCUCUUUUCAUAAGGGUUACAUAUUUUCACUCCAUUUCAAUAAACCCUUCCUGCCUUAAAAUGGUUCAAAUGUAGCUCUACACCGCCGCCCAUUUAUCAACGUGUAGAUCGAUGAAGUCCCUGCCCUUUUCUGCAGCUCAAGCACACCAGCUCACCUCGUACUCUGCUCAAAUGCUGUCAAACUACUCUGCGCCACACAAUGGUAGGUCGUAAUAGUGCAGUGAUUCAGGCACACUGAAACGUAUUAUGCAGAGGAAAAUUCAAACAGAAUCAGUUCCUUUCUUGUUCAUAAUGUAAAAAAAAAAACCUAAUUUCCCCCAAAAGUGGGCGUCUAAUGUGACAGGGCUCAGUAGCUAACCUGACAUUAUUUACUCAUGUAGUCAAACAAUAGUGGAAAAAUGUUUUUUAAGUUAAAAUAUGUUAUUUUUGUGAAUGUAAUUUUAAUCUUUAGGACUCACAUCAUUAAAAAGCACGUAUUAGGUGUCUGGUCCGACAUAUUGACCCUGGUAUAUCUUUUACUUCUCACUAAAUGGGUCAUUUAUUAGCAACUUAGCUUUUUCAGAUGCUGGAAUCAUCUGCACAGUUGCUGCUGAAUAUUUAGUAACAGCUAAUCUCUACAUAGGAACUGGUUUGUGAGGUUCAACCCAGUUUCAUUUAGUCAUGCAAACCAAAGACAUGAGAGACUCGCCACUUAAGGAACCCUGAAUAGAAAUUGGUGGGGGAAUUUUGUAACGGCAAAGAUGGUGGUUACAUGACACGUCUUGCAUCUUCCUUAAAAAACAAAAAAAACAAAACAAUACUCUGCUUUGUAACAAACUGGAAAACAUCCAGCCAGUCUGGUUGUUGUGUAGCACAAGAACAACGCCGUAAAACUGUGUACAUGUGUAGAAGAAGAAAGAAUUGCUUUCUUAACCUUAUCUUGCAGUAAAGUAACUAAACUUUACAGUGUUUUUUUAAUCAUGUGGCUGGUGAUUUUAUACAAGAAGUUUGUUCAUCAUUUGAAAUUGCAGUUAAGUUGUCUUUACAUUAAUUCAGAUAGCAACCUUUUCCUUUUACCAAGAUGGCUGCCAGCGAGGGGCGAGACUUGCCUAUGAGGACCUUAGCGUAACUACUCCAUGUCGGAACCCUUUGUGUUUCCUUCGACACAUGAAAAUAACUGACUGAUGCCAUCACUUCUGUACUUUUCCAAAAACCUCUCUACAAUCAGGACAAAACCACAAAUUAUGAGCUAUGUUUACUUUUUUCUUGUCAUUUGAUACCAUUGGUCAGCAUGAAAGCAUUCAUCUCGAGGUUUGGUUGACUUCUUAGGCUUCUAGAAAACCAGUUUAACUCACAUUAAAGUUAAUCUAGCAUUAAAACUAAGACUGGCCUACCAUUAGACAACAGCCUAAAACAUCUCUGUGAAACCAGCCCCAGACGAACUGCAGAAAUGCUGAUCGAAUACACCAGCUGACUAAACUGAAAUCAACAGAACAAUCAAUGUUUCGACUAUAUAUACUAGAGUGAAUAUGUAAAUAAAUUGAAACAGACUCACGUAAGACAUUAGCCAUUUGUAAAUCGUUGCAGUACCAUUAACUGAGAGAUGUAAUCGCAGGGUAAAGCUGAGUCAAUCAAUCAACUAAUCUCAUACCACCAGCAUUUUUUAACCGUUUUUAAUGGUCGAUAGUUCGCAACCAAACGCUGUCCAAUUGUCAUUCCCGCCCGCACUUAACGGACAACAUUCCAGGUUUUGCAUCACAAAAAUAUGUUCUUUCCUGUUAUAUUUAUGUUUCUGUUACUUUUUUUUUUUGAGCAUAUUUUAUUUUGUGAAAUGUCCACGUUGUCCACUCUCCAUGCACUGUCGUUCAAAUCAGAUCCGAUGUUCCUUUGUGUAUUUAAACCUCCUCUACCUCUCACUUUCAUUCUCCUUCCAAGAACACUUUUUUUUUUUCAGGUUUGUAACAGUUAGUAGAAGGUGUCUGUUACGGUGUUUGUUACCAUCAUCUCAUUCCUUUUUUUUUUGUUACAUCUGCUGGAGAGAACAGUCCUGAUUCUCACAAAGGGGAAUGUACAGUGUGUCUAUGCCCUUUUGUUGCUUGUCUCCUGUUAUUUGUUAAAGGACAUUUUUAGUAAUAAAAUUUGAAUUUCAAACACCGCAGCGUGCGAAGGAA